CGAGAGAGUUCAACCUUUGGAACCAACCGACCAGCCAUGAAGCGCAAACUGUUGGCCGAGGAUGACAAAGGCGGCGGCCCAGCGAAAAAGCCCAGCCUUAUCGAUAGAUGUGGCUACCGACGCAAAGUGCUGUUCGGGCGUGUGAGAGACCGCAGCAACGCGGCGGCCCUGGUCCGCAUACCAGACACCAUGGCCGAGCAGGAGCUCACUCAAUUUAUUCUGGCCAACGAAGAAGCAUUCCAGAGCCGCGGUCGCCUCACAUCCUUGUAUGCAGACUUCAGUUCGCAAAUUCACACCAACCCUGAAGGCUACCAGGCAAAUCUUGCAGUCUGGAGAAAAGCCCUCGCAAACGCAGCCCGCGCGGGCGUCGUUCCCGCUCCCGGUUCGGUACGAAACCAUCUGACCAUUCACUCCAACCCCGACCUCGCUCGAGCGCUUCAACAUAACGAUCAUGGCAUGCCCACCUGCCUAUCUGCCAUCAUUCGCGAUGCCAUCCGGAAGGGCGACUUUGUGCCUCUGAAAGAAUGGCAGACUUCCCGCGUCCCCAUCUAUAAAUCAUCGUGGAUACCUACCGUCUCGGGAGUCGUACAAUGGGGAAUACAUAAACUACUUGGUCCUCUUAACUCCACAAAGCUACCGGAGGUAAACCUUGUUGUAGUCAAAAACGUCGAGGAUGCUGCGGAGCAGCUGAUGAAGCACUACAAAGCAUCAUAUACGUCACCUGCCGAUCGAGUCUUAACACGCUCAGCCUUUUCAAAGCGGUUCUCCAAACCACUGGGGUACAAGUCUUCACUUUCCUCUGAAGACUUGGAUGUGCUUCUCACACAUCUGACCCGUGAUAGGAACGAGGUCUCGUUCGACAAUGAAACGAUCAAAUUUAAGCUGGAAACGGAAGCUACGCCCUUGCCCAUUUCACAAGAAGACACAAUCCUAGCCCGUCUCCGUGACUCGGUCGAACGAGUCCAUGCUGAGAUGUCAGUCUUGCAGCUAAGGAUCGAAUCUUGCCAGGCUGCCGCGAAAGAAGCCGUCGAGGCCAAGCAGAUGAUCCGCGCAAAGACAGCGUUACGAUCACGGAAAUUGACAGAAUCCGCCCUAAGCCACCGUGCAAAAAUUGUCCUCCAGCUUGAAGAGACCUACGAAAAACUGCAGGAGGGACAAAUCCAGGUCGAGACUGUGGAGGUCAUGAAAGCCGGGGCAGCGGCUCUAAAGAUCUUACACAACAAAGUUGGUGGCGCGGAAGGCGUGCAAGGCGUUGUGGAUUCUGUCAAGGAGCAAAUGGAUAUGACAAAUGAGAUCAAUAAUAUCAUCAACGAAACGGCAACACCCGCAGACGAAGGCGAAAUCGACGAAGAGUUCGAGGCUCUGGAGCGAGCUGAACGUGAGAAGCUAGAGCAGCAAGAAGCUCAUAAGACAGCGGGACGGCUUGCAGAGCUUGAUGAAACUUCAACUAGUUUCUCACAGCUGACAGUCGACCAGAAUGAAGACGCGGCAGAGAAGGUGAAGAAGCGAACACUUGUUCCGGCAUAA